AUGACGAAGGGAACGACAUCAUUUGGAAAGCAUUGGAAUAAGAUGCAUAUGUUGUGCCACCGCUGUGGCUCUAAGGCCUACCACCUGCAAAAGUCCACUUAUGGCAAAUGUGGCUAUCCUGCCAAGUGCAAGAGAAAGUAUAAGUGGAGUGCCAAGGCUAAAAGAAGAAAUACCACUGGGACUGGUCAGAUGAGGCACCUAAAAAUUGUGUACCGCAGAUUCAGGCAUGGAUUCCAUGAAGGAACAAUGCCUAAAACCAAAAGGGCAGCUGUUGCAGCAUCCAGUUCAUCUUAA